AUGUCAAGUUCAUUUUGGAAAUUUGGCCAGGAUUUUGCUACAGAAUCGCCAAUAUCUAAGAUUUUGGAUAGGGCUUUCAUAAAGAGAGAAAACACGCAAGAAAUUGAAAAAGACGAUGAGCAAGGUACGAAAGAGGAAGAGUUUGAAGAGAUAGAUGGAGACCAGAUACCUAAACAGCAGCCUGAUGCGGCAUCGUUGGACGCGGUAGGGACAUUAGAUGAUUCUGAUGCAAGUAUUAAGGACGGUGAUUACAACAAAUUUGAUACCCAAGACCAGUCCGUGGCGGAGACCCUACCAACUACAGAAGCAGAGUUUGUAAACUACAGGCCGGAUUUGGAUGCAUUGGAUGAUUUACUCGAUGACGAUGAACUAUAUACAGAAUUGAUGUGCUCGAAUUUCAAGCUACUGAUUUAUUUGAAGUACCCAGAAGUCUUGGCUAAGUUGAUAGAUUAUAUUACAAACGAAGAUUUAUUAGAUGAGAAAAGCGAUCAACUAUUAGUUGAAGAUACCGUGAUUACAAAGAAUGAUGAUAAAAAAGAAGAACAAGAAUCUGAUAAUAUCCAUCUGAAACUACCAGAAGCCGAUUCACACGAGCAGGUGGAUGAUGAUGAUGAAAUAGACAAUAGAUCAGAAAUAUCACAAGAGACUAGUGUCACUAUACCUCAAGAAGUUGAGGAACAAGUGGAAUUAAGACGGGCAAGAAUGGCUGCAGAAAUAUUAUCUGCCGAUGUCUGGCCAAUUUCUUCUGCGAUAAUUGAAAAUACAGAACUUUUAGAAAAAUUAUGGUCAGUUUUAGAUCAUACUGCUCCACUUUCCAUUAUAGCUUCUACUUAUUUCAUGAAAAUCUCUGAAAGGUUAUUGGACAUGGACAUUUCAAGCAUGUUAGAAUUUAUAUUAAACCAAGAAAAUUUAGUAGAUAGAUUUUUGACACAUAUUGAUAACCCUCCAUUGAUAGAUUUCUUACUAAAGGUUAUCUCCACAGAUAAACCUGAUUCUCCAACUGGUGUUAUCGAAAGAUUGAAAGAACAAAAUUUUAUUUCAGAUUUGUUAGAUAGAUUAAAUCCCGAAUACAGUAUAUCAACACAAUCAGCUGCUGGUGAUUUUUUCAAAGCAUUUGUUACCAUUAGUGCAAAUUCAAACAAUGAAAUAGCAUCAGGAAUAGGUCCAAAUGAAUUGACUAGAGAAUUAGUAUCGCCUGAGAUGAUUGAAAAAUUAAUAAAAAUCAUGUUAAAAGGUGGUACAUCUUUAAAUAACGGUGUUGGUAUAGUUAUUGAACUGAUUAGAAAAAAUAAUUCAGAUUAUGAUUUUGUUCAAGUUAUCUACACGACAAUCCAAACUCAUCCACCAAAUGAGAGAGAUCCUAUUUACUUAGGUUCAUUAGUCACAAUAUUUGCAAAGUAUAUGGGCGAAUUUGAGAAAAUGUUAGUCAAUUCUGAACUUCCACAACUAGAAACUCCAUUUGGGUCAAUAGAACCUUUAGGCUUUGAACGUUUCAAAAUUUGUGAAUUAAUAGCUGAACUUCUACAUUGUUCAAAUAUGGCAUUGUUGAAUGAACCAGAUGGUGACGUCAUUGUAAAUGAGCGUGAUGCAGAAAGAAGAAGGGUUCUAAAAACGGAUAGACUGUCCAGAUCAACCAAUGAGGCAGAAAUUGGGGACAUAGAAACUGAAUUAAAUUCUUUGCAUUUGUAUUCAGGUGAUGAUCUAGAUGAAACUAAAAGCAACGCAGUUGAGACGCAAUCCACCCCGGAAGAGAAGGAUAAUUUUGAUGAACAAUCAGUAACUUCGGUGGAAUUAACAGAAGAGGCACUGCGUGAAACCCCUUUGGUGGGUGAUAGAUUAAAGAUUGCUUUAUAUGAUACACAUUUAGUCCAAACUAUAUUAAAGAUGUUCUUUGACUUUUCCUGGAAUAAUUUCCUUCACAACGUUGUUUUUGAUAUAAUUCAGCAAAUAUUCAAUGGUCCUCUUAAAACAGGCUUUAAUAAGUUUUUAUUAAUAGAUUUAUUAACUAAAACUAAGAUAACAGAUAUGAUAAUGAAGGGGGACAAAAGAUGUACUGAUUAUGAAAACGAGGCUGGACUAAGAUUAGGUUACAUGGGACAUUUGAUCUUAAUUGCUGAGGAGGUUGCAAAAUUCACUGCAUAUAUUGAAGAAGUAAGAUCUGAAUUUAGUGAUGAAGAGUCAUGGAAUGCAUUGCAUGAGCCUCAUUGGCAAGAAUACACAGAAACUGUUUUAGCAGAAGCAAGAGAAAAGUACAACACUGUAUUAGGCGACUUUGGAGAAUACGAUGAUGAAAACAUUGAUGAUCUGGUUGAAGAUGGUGCUGAAGAAAAUAAACAAAGAGAUGAUGAAAUAACAAUAACUGGUGAUAAUAUUAAUUUUAAUAGCAAUGAGGAGGAAGACUCACCUAUUUCAUUUAAUGAUAAAACUGGUGUUGAAGAUGAAGAUGAUUACUAUGCAGAAUAUAAUGACAUUGAUAACCCUAAAUUCUAUGAAUAUAUUGAUGCUAAUGGUAAUAAAACUAGAUUAAACCUAGAGCCAGCUACCGAACUUGACAAAGACAAAGAUUCGGAGAAGAUAGCAAAUUCAGAAGAAAGUAAUAAGUUUACAGACUACAUGUCUAAUCAACUUGUCGGUGGUUACGAUGAUGAAACGUUUAAUAAUGAUGUCAACGCUGAUGAAAAUGAAUGGAGCAGUACUAAGUCAUUUAGGUUCGUGCCAAAACAUGAAUCAUCACAUUCUGAUGAUAAUGAUGCAUACCGUCACCAGUUCCGCCUUGACGGUGAUGAUGAUGACUAUAUGGACCCAAAUGAUGACGGCCAGUCAUACGCUAAACCAGACCACCCUCUAUACAAAAGUAAUGUGGCUCCGGAUGUUUUGAAUGAUUUAUUCCAUAAGGAGCAGUUGGAGGACGUAGAUAACAAUGAUGUUAACAGUGAUACUAGUGAUAAUAGUGAUGCUGAACUGGAAGAAACAUCUGAUGUAUAUAAUGUUGAUGAUUCUGAGAAUAAAUUCGGUGAAUAUCAAGAUGAUGCUGGUGGAUAUUCACUAUUCAGGUCUAAAAAUUCAGAUAGUUUAUCGUGGGAUGAGAACGAACAAGACAGAUUGAUGAACAUGGUAAGCUAUAAUAAGAAUAAUUCAAAAUAA